AAGUUGAUAUAUAGUCCACUUAUUUUGAAGACGGCCAGAAAACAAAGUCAUACACUUCUCCACGCAUGCCAUGACAUGGUUCAAGUUCAAUCCAGCUAUAUAUAUAUAUAUAUAAGAAUUUAGAGAUGGUAAUACUCACACUUCCCCACCACACUCUGACUUCUUCAUUAUAUCACAGGACAAUACAACAAGGACACACCCUUUCUCUUACCUUCUAAUUUCAAUUAAAAUUUGAAAGCUCAAGUUGAAAGCAAACCAAACCUGAACUCACCAAUAACACCACACACCACAGCACAAUCAAACAUGGCCUUCUUCUCCCCCCUUAUUCUGCUUCUUCCUUCUCUUACAAUUACCCUUCUCAUUAUUCUCCUCCAAAUCCAGACAAGGGCCUCUUCUCUCUCAUCUUCCCCACAAAAUCUCCUCGUUUUGCCUUUAAAAACCCAGACACUCCCACAUGGCUAUGUCUCGGUUCAAAGGCCUUCUUCACGUAGGCUCUCUUUCCAUCACAACGUAACCUUAACAGUUUCACUAACCGUAGGGUCGCCCCCACAAAGCGUUACCAUGGUCCUCGACACAGGGAGUGAACUCUCAUGGCUACACUGCAAAAAGUUCCCAAAUUUAAACAACCCCAUUUUCAACCCACUCCUUUCUUCCUCAUACACCCCCACACCAUGCACCUCACCCGUUUGCAAAACCCGGACCCGGGAUUUCUCCAUACCCGUUUCUUGUGACCCGAGGAAACUCUGCCAUGCCACCGUCUCCUACGCCGACGCCACCUCCAUCGAAGGCAACCUCGCCGCCGACACAUUCUUCAUCGGUGGGUCGGGUCAACCCGGAACCAUAUUCGGAUGCAUGGAUUCCGGGUUUAGCUCCAAUACCAACGAGGACUCCAAAACAACCGGGUUAAUGGGCCUGAACCGCGGGUCACUCUCGUUCGUGACCCAAAUGGGCCUUCCCAAAUUCUCGUACUGCAUCUCCGGCCACGACUCCUCCGGCGUGUUGCUCUUCGGCGACGCCACGUUCUCAUGGGUUGGACCCUUGAAGUACACGCCACUCGUCAAAAUCAACACCCCAUUACCCUACUUCGACCGGGUCGCAUACACGGUCCGGCUGGAGGGAAUUCGGGUCGGGUCAAAACAACUACAGGUACCUAAGUCGAUUUUCGCGCCUGAUCAUACAGGUGCGGGUCAAACCAUGGUGGAUUCGGGUACCCAGUUCACGUUUCUUCUCGGACCGGUUUACACCGCUUUGAGGAACGAGUUCGCGGCACAAACGAAAGGGGUGCUGACCCUUUUGGAGGAUCCGAAUUUCGUGUUUCAGGGAGCGAUGGAUUUGUGUUUUCGGGUGAAGUCGGGUCUCCCGGCGUUACCGGCGGUGACGUUGGUGUUUGAUGGGGCGGAGAUGAGUGUUUCCGGUGAGAGGUUGUUAUAUCGGGUGGAUGACGUGGCAAAGGGCGGUAGUAAUAGUGUGUAUUGUUUCACGUUUGGGAACUCAGACUUGUUGGGAAUAGAGGCAUAUGUUAUUGGGCAUCAUCAACAGCAGAACGUGUGGAUGGAGUUUGAUUUGGUCAACUCUAGAGUUGGAUUUGCUGACACUAAGUGUGAACUUGCUAGUCAACGACUAGGUUUGGGUCCUUUUUAG